AGCCCUUUGUCCACUGUCAGUGUCUCCCAUCUCAGGCAGUGGCCACAGCAGAGUGUUUUAGCCUAGCUCCAUCUAGGAUGUUGUCUCUGAGCUGGAGCAUGGGGCUGGUAGGAAGACCUGUGACCCUCAGGGCCCCCCUCUUGCUGGUUGCACUCUGGGUGCUGCUCCUGGUUCCAAGCCAGUGUUUUCAAGGCCGUCCUACAUGGCGUUAUAUCUCAUCAGAGGUGGCCACUCCUCGGAAGGUGACCUACCAUGGCAAGGGUUUUCAAGUUCCAGGACGGCUCUCCUACAGCUUGCGGUUUAGAGGCCAGAGACAUAUCAUCCACCUGCGAAGAAAGACUCUUGUUUGGCCCAGACACUUGCUCCUGACGACUCAGAACGACCAAGGAGCCCUACAGAUGGAUUAUCCUUUUUUCCCUGUAGAUUGUUACUAUUCUGGCUUUCUGGAGGGGAUCCCUUAUUCCACGGUCACUGUGGAUACUUGUUCUGGGGGCCUGAAAGGUGUCAUGAUGUUCGAUGACCUUGCCUAUGAAAUCAAUCCCCUCAGUGAUUCACACAGGUUUGAGCACGUUAUUUCUCAGAUAGUAGCUGAUUCGUCUACAGUGGGGCCAAUGAAUGACUGGAAGGACAUGAAGCAUAGCACGGAACCCUCCUUCUCUGGAACAAAUUCCGGUGUAGCUCCCAGAUUUUCUAGUAGAGACUAUGCUUCCCAUGCAGCUACUGUCAAAGGACAUUUUCUGGCAACCUGGAAAUUAUAUACUGUAGUCUACAAUGUUACAAGGAGUUGCGUUUAUUUGUUUUCGCUAGUUAGUUUAAUGGACACUUAUCUGAACAACAUCCAUGUACGAUACUUUGUUAUUGUUUUAACUGUGUUCAACCAUGGAAAUCCAUUUCGAGCGAACUACAGAGUGCCAGGAGGUGAUUUUCACAAUUACUAUCUGGCAAAUUUUUAUCACAGAUUUAGACCUGACACAUCAACUAUAAUUGAGUAUGAGGGGGUGAAUGAUGAAGAUGUCGUUCCUAUUGCACGUGGUGUAUGUACUCAGAAUUCUUUAAUCUGUAUUGGUCAAAAUCGCCGAGCGUAUAUAUUUAUGUCUAUGAUAGUAGCCAAUCGUGUCGGGAGGGUUCUAGGUAUAGAGUUUGAUGAUGAAAAACAUUGUUUUUGCCAGAGGAGAUCCACCUGCAUCAUGUUCAAGCAUCCUAUUCUAACAGAUGCUUUCAGUAAUUGUUCCAUCGCUGACCUAAACUUCAUAAUCAAUACCGCUGGCCAGGUGCAGUGUCUUUUCACUGAUUUUACUACUUAUUAUAAUAGAACAAUAACCUAUAGUGUUUGUGGUAACUUCAGAAUAGAUGAAAAUGAGCAAUGUGACUGUGGCUCAAACAAGGCUUGUUAUACAAAUCCGUGCUGUCAGAAUGAUUGCAGAUUCUCAAGAGGUAGCAUUUGUGAUAAAGAAGCAUGUUGUACAAACUGCACCUACAGUCCUUCUGGGACACUUUGCAGAAGCAUCCAGAACAUAUGUGAUCUUCCAGAGUAUUGUAAAGGGAAUGGAGUCCACUGCCCAAAUGACUUUUAUCUGCAAGAUGGAACACCAUGCUCAGAGGAGGGGUACUGCUAUUCUGGGAACUGCACCGAUCGCAAUAUCCAUUGCAAGGAAAUCUUUGGUGUCAAUGCUAUAGCGGGUCAUGAUAAUUGCUACUCAAUCAAUAGGAUAGGUUUCCGAUUUGGAUAUUGUCAUAGACAAAAAGAAGUCCUCUCGUUUACACGUUGUAGUGAAAACGAUAAGAAGUGUGGAAGGUUACAGUGUACCAAUGUCACCCACCUUCCACACUUGCAGGAUCACGUUUCAUUCCAUCAGUCAAUUAUCUCGGGCUCUCACUGUUUUGGGGUCGACGAGCAUCGUUCAACAGAAACAACAGAUGUUGGUCGUGUGAGACUUGGCACUCGAUGUACCAAUACUAAUUUCUGUGAUCAUGGGGCUUGCAAUGGAUCUUUAACUGACCUGAAUUACGACUGUACUCCGCAAAAGUGCAACUUUAGAGGAGUAUGCAAUAAUCUUCGGAAUUGCCACUGUCAUGUAGGUUGGGACCCUCCAAACUGCAUAGGAUAUGGACCUGGAGGAAGUUUAGACAGUGGACCCCUUCCACUUAAAAUGCGCACAAUAAGACAGAGCCAACAAGCAGUGGUAUACUUAAGAGUUGUUUUUGGUCGUAUUUAUGUCUUCAUAGGCUCACUGCUCUUUGGGGUGGCUUUUAGAGUAGCAGUUACUAAGAUUAUCAAGUAUGAAGACUUGCAAGCUGCAUUACGUCAAGCACAAUUGAAUAGGGCAAGGUAAAAUGAAGUUAGCCUUCUGGUCCCUGUGAAGUGAAGAGAAGAACAAAAGAAAACACUAGUAUCAGUAAAGGGACAUGUUAAAACUCAAGUCCACAGUUCUGAAGAGCCUGAGUCUUUUCUGGGGACACAGAAGGGUUUUGAUGCUGUUACCACUCAUCUUUGAUAAGUUGCUGAUACUCACAUGGAAUAAAUCUUCAAAAUUGCAAA